AUGACAAGAAUUUGGAGACAGAGAGAGUCUUUGUCAAGCGCAGAGGAUAAAAAACCCUCAACCGGUCCUCGUUUUGGCAUCGAUUUUGAAGUAGGAAGAACGCUGACACUACGGCCCGAUUAUAUAGUCAGAGGCGUCGUCGUGUUAACAAUCCUUGAAGACGAGAAUCCCUUAUGCGUCUGUGAUGUAAUGAUAAGGUUUAAAGCCGAAGAGUCAGUUUUAGCCAAAUUCAAGGACGCAGCAGGUUUGCCACUCCAAGAAAGCAUCAAGAGCACGAUUUUUGACUGUUCGGAAUUCAUCUGGAGUGGCGCUCAUGAGAUUCAGGGAGUGAAUAUGCAAGGAGGUGAUUACUGUCCUUGGGAAGAACUCUCUGCUGGAGUUUAUCAUUUUCCAUUCGCUGUCAAGCUUCCUCCUGUAAAUUUCCCACCUUCAAUAGAGGGCCCAAAAGGAUUUUCGAUAAGGUAUACUUGGCAACCAGUGUUGAGAACUGCUGGAGGUACUUACAUCGAAGGCCCUGCGCUGGUCACACCAUUUGUACCCACAACAUUUGCGCCCCCUGCUGAAGAUUGGGUAUACAAAAAAACACUCUACAAAACUAGUAAGGAUUUGACCAAAAAAAAGGAACUCAUUGACGUGGAGGCGGUUCUUCUCGGAAACGUGUUUGCGCCUGGCGACGAACUUUCAUUUACUCUCCGUCUAACCAACCACUUCAACGGCCGUAUCACUUUCGUUCAUUGUUCCCUUCGGAAACAUUUGGAAGGCCCAUUAGACAAAGACUAUCCAUGUGAGAAUCAUGAACGUUCUCUCGUCUCAACCGAACGCCGAUGCAAUAUACCCUCGCAAAAAACUGAUGAAAUCCGAUUCUCCCUCACAAUUCCUCGAAAACAUCGUCAUGUCCCUCCCGCAUAUACCGGUCGUCAUAUACGAGUACAUUAUACAUUGCGAUGCGUAAUUCAAGCUGAAAUUGGAAAAGUAUUGACAAAGAUGCAAUGCCAUGAAAUCAUAAUCCCGAUUACGCUAGCUUCGUAUGCGCAUAUAACCCUGGAGAAUUGUGUGCUGCCGACGUAUCUGACUCAUGAAGAAUUAAAGUUGGAGCCUUUUUUCUUUGAUCCGUUACAGGAUUUCCCACCAGACGAUCGCAUACAUUUUGGGGACGAUUAUUAUAUGUACGAGAAUAAUCUCGUGUUAUCGCAAGUGAAUGGAUAUCUGUAUGAUCAUCUGAAUGCUUUGGAUGGAGAAUCGUCAACUCGUUCGCCAAAUAGUGGAAGUGGAUCGGGCAUGUGUAGCGAGUAUAGUAUCGGUGAAUGGAAUAUUGAUAGUUUUACCCUGGCUUCGUCGGUAGGAAGUACUGACAGAGUAGAACAGUCAGCUUUUGCAAGACAAAUACUAGGAAAUCAUAUGUGA